AUGCCUGAUAGACCUCCAUUUCCCGGCCGUCCUGCCCAGCCCCCGGGCCCUACAUACUUGCAGUACUCGCCUGACGGCAAGAGACUGAUCGUUGCAGGCAUAGGCAACUUCGCCCGCUCCUUCAGGACUGGCGACAACAACGAGCCGGACUUGCUGCCCGAGACACACGAGGAGACGUAUGCAGUUGCGUCAGGGAAUGACUAUGUGAUCUUGGGCUGUGAAAAUGGCACUGUCUGCGAAUAUGCAGUACCUUCAGGGGACUUAAAGCAACUGCUGGUGAGGACAACGCUCCCCAUCAGGGAUGUUGCCUUGUCUCCGGACGAGAAUUGGGUCGCCGUCUCGAGCGAUGAACUCGAGGUCAAGAUCGUCAAUCGACACGAUAUCGAGCAAAUAACCAUACUGAGGGACCACCCAAAGCCGAUAAAACACUUGACUUACGAUCCCUCCGGCAAAUAUCUGGCUGCAUCCUGCACCAACGGGGUGAUCUACAUUUACGCGAUGACUUCGCCGGAGCCUACCUUGCUUAGAACAAUUGAUGGCGUCAUCAAGCGCCUCGAGACUGCCGAGUAUGCCACCUCGAGAUGCGUUUGGCAUCCAGAUGGGAGAGCAUUUGCUUGUGCUACCCCGACAAGAGACAUUCAAGUUAUUUCGGUGGAAGAUGGGGCCCAUCAGAGAGUCUUUUCCGGCGCACACAAUGGUGAUAUCACUUCCAUCGCCUGGUCACAUAAUGGAGCCUUGCUGGCGAGCUCCAGUGCGGACGACGACCAACUGGUCAUCUGGGAUGCCCGGACGCAGACCGUACUCAAACAAUUCAACUACGAAAAAAUCAUCAAUAUCACCUGGCAGAACCAUGGUGAGAAUAUUUUCAACUGGACAACUUCUCAUGGCGAGCUAUUCAUCAUCCCGGAGUUCCUCAAGGACGAAGCCCAUGUCAAAUUGCUCAAGGGACCUGCAGUUAGAGCCCCUUUCUUCCACGACCCGCUGGAGGAGAAGGCUGCGGCGAUGAAUGGCCGGAAACCAUUGGUCAACGGUCAAGGUAAACCGCGUUCAGGGACCCCAGAUAGUCUGGACGAGCUUUUAGGGCCUGAGGAGGACUAUGAUUGGAUUGAGGACGACGACGGAGCAGGCUACAUCAAUGAAAACGGGAAACGACCCAGCAAUGGAAACUUCCCUGGCCCUAUGCUCAAAAGAAACAGACAGGACGCCUGGCAACCACAAGUACACGAGUCGUUCCAGCCUGGCGCCACACCCUGGCGUGGAAACCGCAAGUACCUGUGCUUGAAUCUGAUCGGCUUCGUAUGGACAGUCGAUCAGGAUACCCACAAUACUGUGACGGUCGAGUUCUACGACCGGGAAGAAUUCAGGGAUUUCCAUUUCACCGAUCCAUUCCGGUACGACAAAGCUUGUUUGAACGAGUUCGGUGCUCUGUUCGCCUCUCCCGCGAAAGAUGGCCAGCCAGCAGUGAUCUUCUAUCGACCUCAUGAGACGUGGACCGCCCGCUCAGAUUCUCGCAUUAUCCUACCCGAUGGCGAGGAAGCAACAUGCAUUGCGCUUAGCACCAGAUAUAUUGUUGCCGUUACAAACAAGAACUAUGUACGAGUCUGGACGCUCUUCGGCACUCCGGUGCGGAUGUGGCGAAUGAAAAGUACACCGGCAGUUACGUGCGCCGCAUGGGGUGACUAUGUCAUGACAGUCGGCAACGGACCUGUUGGCGCUGACGGAUGCACACAACUGAUGUACAGCAUUGACGACGUGAAGCGAGAUGAGAACUUCCAGAAUGAAGAUGUCGUUGCUCUGGGUACUGUUGCCCCGGAUUCAGACGACGAAGAGGCCAGUCUGAAAACUGUCUUCUGGAGUGACGUGGGAGAUCCGUGCAUCUACGACAGCAACGGUGUAUUGCUCACCCUGCUGCAUUGGCGCAGCCCCGGCCAGGCAAAAUGGGUCCCUCUGCUUGAUACCAGGCUGCUGGACAGAGUGAAAGACGGUAAGAAGGAAGAGACCUACUGGCCGGUGGCGGUGGCAGGGGAGAGGUUCCAUUGCAUCAUUCUGAAAGGCGGAGACAAGACCCCAUAUUUCCCUCGACCGUUGUUGACAGAAUUCGACUUCCACGUCCCAGUAUCUCGUCCUGCGGAGCGAGGUGAGGAUGGCGAAGAAGAGACCAACGCUGCCGCGGGAGUCAGGCUGGAAGAGUCUUUUGUCCGCGCUUCUUUGCUGCUAGGUCUGGUGGAUGACUUGGUGCAGGGGCUGGGCGAGAAGGCGAGCCAUUCACAGAAGACGGAGGUCCUGAAGCGUGAGAUUGACGUCGACAAAAUCCUGCUGCAGCUACUCGCCGUCGAAUGUCGAGAGGGAGAGGACAGAGGAAUGAAAGCACUGGAGAUAGUUGGGCUCUUGAAGGAUAGGAGCGGCAAGAUGCUCGAGGCCGCCGCCAAGGUCGCAGGACGAUGGGGACGGACGGUGCUCGAGGACAAGAUCAGAGAGUAUGCGGAACGGAGGCUGAUGGGUCUUGAAGAAGAGUGA